AUGGCCAAGCGCUCACAUUCACCCAGCGCUCCUCAAGAUUCUGCCUUCCCUCUCGACUCUCUCACAAGCUCACCGUCACUGUCGUCAACGACCAGCGAGACGAAGCUGCCUUCGGACCGCAGCAAACUGCUUCACCGCGACACCGUUCCAUUCGUGGAGGUCAUGCACUGCACGUUACCACCGCAUCGAGAGACUGUCUCGUUUGCCUCAUACGAAGACUACGAAGUGCAUUAUCAGCAGACUCAUGUCAAUCGGUGUUCGCAAUGCAGCAAGAAUUUUCCAACAGCGCAUUUCUUAAAUCUCCAUAUUGAGGAGAAUCAUGAUCCGUUGGCAGCGGCGAGACGGGCUCGAGGCGAGAAGACGACUUACAAUUUCUACAUAAUCAAUGACGGCAUCGACAAACAGACCUCGCUCCUCCGGCCGCUGAACAAAAGCCACCGGCGUCGGAUCUCAUCCGCCUCCAUCUCGUCUAUCCAAGAAGGGCGGUUGCGACGCCGCAGUUCCGUCAGUCAAGCCGCGAAUCCGACAAACGUGACCAGCCCGGCCAGCCCGACUAGUCCGAAGAGGAUGGAGAUACGGCCUGGACCCCGGGUGGCUGAAGAUCGCUCCAUUGAUAUGGAGCUUGAUGGUCUCACGCGAUCUAUGUCUGCACUUCGGUUUGUGCCUGCGAGUGUGACGAGGAAUAGGGGCCAGGCCCAGGCAUCGAAGAAGGGGUGA